UACUGAGUACAGAGUACUGAUGACCAGUGCAGUUUACAUUUAGCAGGCUGGCUUGAACUUUGCUCACUAAUUCCGUCAUCAGGGUCAGGCAGGCUCAUGGGAUGUAUAUUUAAAAACACACAAGCUAAGAAAUCUCUCUUGUGCACGAGUUAGACUGGCUGAGAGGAGCAGCAAGCGGGUUCAGUGGUGUUGUUAGUCGGGCAAGGAAGCAGAACAUCGGGGAUGGCUGGCAGGAGACGAGGCCGAGGCAGCAACGUCCAACAACAACAGGCCUCACGCAGCCAAAGAGGAGGCACUCGCAGGGCUCUGAAGGAACCUGCUCCUUUUGCCAAGUCUACAGGUUAUGAAUCAGAGAUCCCUCAUGAAAAGCUGACCAUUGCCCAGGCACGGAGGGGCACACCAGCUCAUCGUCCAGUUAGAGUCUACGCUGAUGGGAUCUUUGAUCUUUUCCAUUCGGGUCAUGCUCGAGCUCUGAUGCAGGCUAAAAAUGUGUUCCCUAACACACACCUGAUUGUGGGAGUCUGCAGUGAUGAACUCACCCACAAGUAUAAAGGCUAUACAGUGAUGACAGAGGAUGAACGCUAUGACGCCCUGAGACACUGCCGUUAUGUUGACGAGGUGGUGCGGGACGCCCCCUGGUCCCUCACCCCAGAGUUCCUAAAGAAACAUAAGAUUGACUUUGUGGCCCAUGAUGAUAUCCCUUACACCUCUGCAGGAUCAGAGGAUGUUUACAAACACAUCAAGGAAGCAGGAAUGUUUGUGGCCACUCAGAGGACAGAAGGCAUCUCCACAUCGGAUCUGAUCACUCGUAUCGUCCGAGACUAUGACAUCUAUGUUCGACGCAACCUGCAGAGAGGCUACACAGCCCAAGAACUGAAUGUUGGAUUCAUUAACGAGAAGAAAUACCGGCUCCAGAACCAAGUGGACAAGAUGAAAGAGACAGUCCGUACGGUGGAGGAAAAGUCCAAACACUUUGUUUACAGAGUGGAAGAGAAAAGCCAAGAUCUCAUCCACAAGUGGGAAGAGAAGUCACGAGAAUUCAUUGGCAACUUCCUGGAGCUUUUUGGACCUGAUGGAGCCUGGCAUGUGAUCCAGGAGCGGAGUGGACGUAUGCUGCAGGCCUUGUCACCUUACUCUUCACCCCGUGGCUCCCCCAGCAGUAGUCCCAGCAGGAGACGCUCGGUUUCUCCUGAUUCCUCGUUUGCCUCCACCUCCACAUCCCCCUCGUCUCUCUCCCCUCCUUCCACCCCCUCCUUACCCAAAAAGGGGAAACGAUCCUCUCUCAAAGCUGCCUCCAAAUACAGUAAACACGCACAAUGAGCUCAUCGUGGUUUGUUCAUUUUAUCCUGUUGAUCAUUCAUUUGGAACAUGAUAUGUCUAAUAAGACAAUUAAUUAAAAUGAACAAAUAAAAGGAAA